CCCCGGGUUGACUUGCUCUAUAAAACCCAACAAAUAUCCCUUCUUCACCGUACCCCAUUUCUUUGUGCCUAAGCAAAAUCUCAAAACUCUCUUAAACCAGAAAUUCAAUUAUGAGUUACUACAAUCAGCAGCAACCCCCUGUUGGUGUACCACCACCACAAGGUUAUCCACCUGAAGGUUACUCUAAAGAUGCAUACCCACCACCAGGGUAUCCUCAGCAAGGUUAUCCACCACAGGGUUAUCCUCAGCAAGGUUAUCCACCUCCACAGUAUGCACCUCAGUAUGGUGCUCCACCUCCUCAACAACAGCAACAGCAAUCUAGUAGCACUGGAUUAAUGCAAGGAUGUUUGGCUGCUCUGUGCUGUUGCUGUCUCUUGGAUGCAAUCUUUUGAGGCUGUAAAUGAUCUGUGCCAUGUGUUGAUGGCAAAAGUUGAUUGAAUCAAUUAUAUCAUAAUCUAGACUUUUUCUUUCUGUGUUUUGUCCUUUGGUGUCUUGUCCUAUACUUUGAUAAAUAAUUUGAUCUUGAUGUGCUGAAGAUUCCAAUGCUUCCAAAGUGUUUGUUUUGCCAAAUUAUAGGUGGUUGGUUAUGUACAAUGUGAGAGAUUCUAUUUUAUUUUAUAUGUUUUGGACCUCAAAUAUUAUAUGUUAAUCAAUGUACCUUGCCUUGGUUACAAA